GGGACCUGCGGCCGCCCGGGAUUCCCUCCAAGUGACGAUGCUCAGCUUCCCCGGAGUCAGGGCUCCGGCGGCAGAGCGGCCCCGCCGGCGCUCGCCCGGGAUUACCUGCUGCGUCUUGCUGCUGCUCAAUUGCUCGGGGGUCCCCUUGUCUCUGGCUUCCUCCUUCCUGACAGGAUCUGUUGCAAAAUGUGAAAAUGAAGGUGAAGUCGUCCAAAUCCCAUUUAUCACUGACAACCCCUGCAUAAUGUGUGUGUGCUUGAACAAAGAAGUGACUUGCAAGAGGGAGAAAUGUCCUGUGCUGUCUCAAGACUGUGCCCUGGCCAUCAAGCAAAGGGGCGCCUGCUGUGAGCGCUGCAAAGGUUGCACCUAUGAAGGAAAUACGUACAACAGCUCAUACAAAUGGCAGAACCCAGCUAAGCCAUGUGUCCUGCGCCAGUGCCAGGAGGGUGUUGUCACGGAGUCAGAGGUGCACUGUGUCGUUCAUUGUAAAAACCCCGCAGAGCAUCAGGGGCUCUGCUGCCCCACGUGUCCAGGCUGUGUGUUUGAAGGUGUGCUAUACCAGGAAGGAGAGGAGUUUCAGCCGGAAGGAAGCAAAUGUAUCAAGUGCUCCUGCAUUGGAGGCAGGACACAGUGCGUGAGAGAAGUCUGUCCCAUUCUCUCUUGUCCCCAGCACCUUAGUCACACCCCCCCAGGACAGUGCUGCCCUAAGUGUUUGGGCCAGAGGAAAGUGUUUGACCUUCCUUUUGGGAGCUGCCUCUUUCGCAGUGAUGUUUAUGACAACGGAUCCUCAUUCCUCUAUGAUAACUGCACAACAUGCACUUGUAAGGACUCCACAGUGCUAUGUAAGAAGAAGUGUUCCCAUCCUGGUGGCUGUGACAAAGACAAAGAGUCCUGUUGUGAAGAGUGUCUCCUGAGAGUGCCCCCCGAAAAUGUCAAAGUGUGCAAGUUCGGCAACAAGAUUUUCCGGGAUGGAGAGAUGUGGUCUUCUCUCAACUGCACCAUCUGUGCUUGUGUGAAAGGCAAGACAGAGUGUCGCAAGAAACAAUGCGUGCCCAUCAGCAGCUGCCCACAGGGUAAAAUUCUCAACAGAAAAGGAUGUUGUCCUAUUUGCACUGAAAAGCCCGGCGUUUGCACGGUAUUCGGAGAUCCCCACUACAACACUUUUGACGGACGGACAUUUAACUUUCAGGGGACAUGUCAGUAUGUGUUGACAAAAGACUGCUCCUCCCCCGCCUCGCCCUUCCAGGUGCUGGUGAAGAACGAUGCGCGCAGGACCCGCUCUUUCUCGUGGACCAAGUCGGUGGAGCUGGUGCUGGGCGAGAGCGCCGUGAGCCUCCAGCAGCACCUGACCGUGCGCUGGAACGGCUCCCGCAUCGCGCUGCCCUGCCACACGCCGCACUUCCACAUCGACCUGGACGGCUACCUCCUCAAAGUGACCACCAGUGCAGGUCUGGAAAUUUCCUGGGAUGGAGACAGUUUUGUAGAGGUUAUGGCCGCCCCUCAUCUCAAGGGCAAGCUGUGUGGCCUUUGUGGCAACUACAAUGGACAUAAACGAGAUGACUUAAUUGGCGGAGAUGGAAAUUUCAAGUUUGACGUGGAUGACUUUGCUGAAUCCUGGAGGGUUGAGUCCAACGAGUUCUGCAACAGACCCCAGAGAAAGCCGGUGCCUGAGCUGUGCCAAGGAACAGUGAAGGUCAAACUCCGAGCCCACCGUGAGUGCCAGAAGCUCAAGUCAUGGGAGUUUCAGCUCUGCCACUCUGCAGUUGACUACGCUACCUUUUACCGGUCCUGCGUGACAGACAUGUGUGAAUGCCCAGUCCAUAAAAACUGUUACUGUGAGUCAUUUCUGGCAUACACCCGUGCCUGCCAGAGAGAGGGCGUCAAAGUGCACUGGGAGCCUCAGCAGAGCUGUGCAGCCACCCAAUGUAAGCAUGGUGCUGUGUAUGAUACCUGCGGCCCGGGAUGUGUCAAGACCUGCGAUAACUGGAACGAAAUUGGUCCAUGCAAUAAGCCGUGUGUCGCCGGUUGCCAUUGUCCAGCAAACUUGGUCCUUCACAAGGGAAGGUGCAUCAAGCCAGUCCUGUGUCCUCAGCGGUGACCUUUGUCCCAGUCCUUAAGACUUUGAAAUCUGGUGUCUUUGACACAGACGUGGAAGAGCCAAUGAAGGACUGAGAUGUUUAUGUGCCUGACUGCACACACACAGAGUAUAUAUGUGUAUAUACAGAUAUAUAGAUAUAUUCAAAAGCAUUUCAUCAUUUAUAUAAACUAUAGGCAGAUUAUAUGUAUAUUUUUUGCUAUAAGACAUGUAUUAUUUCUAGAAUCCUAAUCCCUAAGCCAUUGGGUACAUUGUAUAAAUACACCAGGUGCUUUUAAUUUAAUAAGAUGGCAUGCAGACCUAUCGGAGGGCUUUAACAUUGCAUAUAGUUGCUGUUUGGGGGAAGUUUUCUAGGAACCCUCAUUUUUCUGCCUAAAUUAAUUUAAGCUUUGAGUCAGUAUUUGUAAGUAAGUGGGAGAUGUGCUUCUUUAGAGAAAGGCACAUUUAUCUAGGGACAUGUUUCCAAGGAAAGUAUCGUAUGCCUGAGAGAGAUGGUAGAGAUUGGUGACAGGUCCUAAUGGUGCAUGCAAACAAAGGGAGAAGCUAUUAGACUUCACUGGGUCAUAGUCUGAUAUUAUUUCAAAAACUGAACAGUUGCCAAGAAAUAUACAUUUGUUAUGAGGGUGUUACCAAAGAAUCAAAUGAUUUCUUGCCAUUUUUGCACACUCCACAAAUCUCUUCAUUACAUAUGUGUGUGAUAGAUGGGACCUUUUGUAUGCCAUGCAAUGAGAUUAAGGAGUAUCUGGAUGACAUGUUAAUUUUAUUUAGCAUGAGAAGAUAUGUGAGAUACCAUUGCCAACGUAUGCAGAAAUAACAUUUUCUCUGAAUCUCAGAGCAGGUCAAAACCAAUGAGUAGAUUGAGGCCAUCUAUAUAUUUGUGACUAUACCAUGCAUAAAAUAAAAGUCUUUCACUAUUUC